AUGGAAAGAAGUAAAGCAACUUGGUUGAUACUGGCCGCUGCCUUGGUGACUACGGUCGCGCUGUCUGUCUAUGAGGAGGACUUCGAUCACGAGGACCUGGAAGACCAUGGCGGAAGGAAAGGGAAAUUAUUGUUCCCGUUCGUGAGUAUAGUUCGGUUUGCGAACACUGAGUGUAAUAGCACGAGCUCCAUGUCAGGCACGUGCCUCGCGCGCCGCGAAUGUAACAACCUCAACGGGACGAUCACGGCGACCUGUGCUUCCCGCCGCGGCCGCUGCUGCGUUGUCCAGCGGUCCUGCGGCGCGACAACGAACGUGAACAACACGUACUUCACGAGCCCCGGGUACCCGGCCGCGUACUCCGGCGGCCAGGCGUGCAGCAUCAUCGUCAACCGCUGCAACAGCCAGAUCUGCCAGCUCCGAAUUGAUUUCCUGGACAUGGUGCUAGCCCAACCGGACGGCGACGGCGUGUGCACCACGGACUCGGUGACAGUAACAGGGGGCAACACAGUGGUGCCUACCAUCUGCGGCGACAACACUGGACAGACCAUCUUCGUGGACUUCGACGGAAACACCGCUAUUACCAUCACUGUCACCGCUACCCUCGCCACCACCUUCUCCAGGCGGUGGAACAUCAAGCUCACUCAGCUCGGCUGCGACUGUCCCGGAAUAGCGCCCAACGGUUGUCUACAGUACUACACAGGGCUCACAGGCACGAUCAGGAGCUUCAACUACGGGACCGCAGCCAACACGGCCCUGAGUGCCUCUCUGGUUACUGGCACCCGCCAGAUUGCCAACUUGAACUACGGCAUAUGCAUUCGCAUGGAAGCUGGAUACUGUGCCAUACAGUACUCACAGACCGCUAACGACAUAUACUCGUUCACGGUGACGGGCGACGUGGAGGGGGCUGACAAUACAGUGCUGGGCACAGCGGUGGGCGCGGCCAACGACGGCAACUGUGUGACCGACUUCGUCGUGAUCCCCAACCCGACCCUGGCCGCCACCGGCCUCGCCGUCGGCACCGACCGCUUCUGUGGCCUAGGAUUUGUCACCGUCACUUCGGCGUCGAAACCGUUCGUGCUGUACGUGGUGACAAACGGUGACGAGGGCGCCACGGCGACCACGCCGCCCGACGUCGCCAACCGCGGCUUUUCCCUCGCUUACGCGCAGAUAGCCUGCUGAUCAUACUGAUAAUUUGUCACCAAAAACUCCCCCACUUGUUCUCUAAACAAUUUCUAUUUGAUUGGAGCCUUUGGAACGUUAGCGUCAGAACGAUAUUUUAUGUUUUGAGACUAUCAAAGUUCAAUACCUUUUUGAUACUAUUUGGUACCUAUAAAGUCGUAAGAUCGAAUGUCCUUUUAAAAUCCAAACCCUAUUGUUUAACUAUUGUCUGGAAAUCUCGGCCUUAGGAGUAUCCUCCUAAGAACACUACUUAGUUAUUACUGUUACUCAGUGGGAGAUCGUUCAUAGUAUAAUUUCAUUCAUCUGUAACUUUUUCCUGAGACGCGAUAAAGUUUGAAAUAAAAUAUAUUUUAAGGUAUUGAAAAGGUAGUGAAUAUUUACUAAUAAAUAAUUAAGAUAUAUUGACUCAAAGUAUGUGAAAAAAAUGUUGUCCAGACAAUCUGACGUCAGAAUGUCCGGCCACUUUCUUUACUAUGUUUUUUCACUGUUUGUUGAGGUACUAGACUGUACUAAUUACGCCACCUUUGAUUAUACAGGAUGGCCCAGAGGUUCACAUUCAAAAUGAAAAAUUAGGUAGGGCUCACUGACUACCUGAAACAUCCCCGUAUGUUCAGCAAUUAUUUACGCUUUAAGAGAUAUGACCCAUUUUUUACCUUUUUCAGGAAUUUCUACCUUACUUAAAAAGACAUUAUUUUGUCGCUAUCUUUUUUUUAAUAAUUAUUUUAUUUUACUUCAUACAUAUACUUAGGAAGUGGACCGUCGAGUCUAAAGAAAUAAUAAAAACAGCGAAACCAAAGAAGCCAAUGACCUCCUCUAUCUAAUUUUUCAUUUUAAACGUGAACCAGUGAGUCACCUGUUUACCUGUCUACCCCCUGACCAUGCGAUUCCAGACCAUCGCUUUUGUGGCCACCAAGGAAGUCUGCAUGGUUAUCCCCACCUUAUCCCACAUGACGCGAAGAAUAUAGCGUGCUUUGACCAAAAGACAUAUUAAGUUUAUCUACGGAGAUAUCAUAAGUUGUUCCUUCUUGAGGCUGGUCGACACGCUUGAUAUUUAUUGCGAUACCUAGAAAAACCACCACUGGGUGAUACAUAGGCAUAGACCCAACAUAAUAGAUUUUUAUUUUUUAUACUUUUUAUAUUUAUUUUUUCUUCACGAAUAUCGCAAUGAAUACAAAAUAUUAUAUAAGCACAUUGGAUAAGGAAUCAAUAAUCUUAGAAAGAAAAAUGUGAGAUCUGAAACCUAGUAAAAAAUUUACGUAUUUGUAAGUUAUGUUAUUAGGUAAGUAAACUCAUUAAUUAUUACUUGAAAAGAUGACAUUAAUCUACUGAUUCUUGACUACUUUAUUGUUUUCUUUUCGACGAUUGAUACUAGAUAAUGAAAAGACAAA